CCCCGGCAUCCUUCCCUCGCCCAGGAUGGCGGAGGCUGAACUGCACAAGGAAAGGCUGCGCGCGAUUGCAGAAAAAAGGAAAAGGCAGACGGAAAUAGAAGGGAAGAGGCAGCAGCUCGAGGAGCAGAUCCUUCAACUGCAGCAUUUUAAGUCAAAAGCACUUCGUGAAAAAUGGCUGUUGCAGGGAAUACCUGCUGGUUCGCCUGCAGAAGAAGAAGCCAGAAAGAGGCAGUCCGAAGAAGAUGAGCUCAAGGUGAAAAAGCUUGAAGGCAACAUCCAUCGGUUGGAAGAAGAAAUUGGAAAGCUAGAAAGUGAGGAAUCGCAAAUAUCUGCCAAAGAGCGAAUCAUCUUACAGAAAUUAAAGGAGACAGAGAAAUCCUUCGAGGACUUGCAGAAGAGUUUCUCACACCAGGAUGGUGAUGCGGUGAAAUACAUUUAUUCCCAGAUCCCUGAACUCCCAACCUUCUUUUCACGAACGACGGAGGAUCCAGGUCCUGGGAAGGACAGGACAAACAGGGUGACUGCAUUGUACGGCAUGGAAAUUAAUGUGGAGAAAGACAAACAGACAGGAGAGACCAAGAUUCUCUCUACAUCCCCCAUUGGCCCAGAAGGAGCCCAUCAAAGAGGAAUCAAAGUCUAUGACGAUGGUAACAAAGUAGUCUAUGAGAUGCACCCUGGAGGUGCAGUAAUAGAAAAUGGAGUGCAUAAGUUGAGUUCAAAGGAUGUAGAUGAACUUAUUCAGAAAGCUGGACAAUCAAGCGUAAGAGGAGGAACUGUAUCAGAGAGGAACACGAUAGCCGAUGGAAACCUCAGCCAUAUGAAGGAGCAGGUGCUCUUCAAGGAGGCGAAACUAGAGAUGGUGCACAAAUCUAGCAAAAGACAUUCCGGGAACCCUCAACACCAAGCAAAGAUCCCUGGGGAUGAAGUCCCAGAAGCCAGUACAGAUCACCCCGUCACAAUGAUAUUUAUGGGUUACCAAAACAUUGAAGAUGAAGAGGAGACCAAAAAGGUGCUGGGCUAUGAUGAGACAAUCAAGGCCGAACUGGUCCUCAUUGACGAAGACGACGAGAAGUCCUUGCGUGAGAAGACUGUGACGGACGUGUCAACCAUGGAUGGAAACGCCGCUGAGUUAGUUUCUGGAAGACCCACCUCGGACACGACAGAACCCUCCUCGCCAGAAGGGAAAGAAGAGAGUCUACCAAUGGAAAAAGUCCCAGAAGCAAAGAUAUUUGACCUGCGUCCCAAGAAAUUUGAUGAAAGCCCAGAGGAAGAAACUGUGGCAGAGAAAUCAUCUAAAAUCUCUGAGAAUGACAUCAGGUUGAGAAAAGAGAGAGACCGAUAUUGUGCCAAUUUCCUGGAGCCUGGCAGCUUGUGUGUGACAAAAGAAGGGAAAAUGGAAAUUGAAGCCCUUGCCUCAGAACAUAAAACCAUCGCAGUGGGGAGUUCAACGCAUGCAGUAGACAAUCAAACUCACUUACUCUCCCCUGCUGCCAGUCAUAAUGGACUUAAAGACAGACAUGAAUCCUUGGACAGUGAGGUUGCUAAAGAGAUCAGAUAUCUAGAUGAGGUGCUAGAAGCAAACUGCUGUGAUUCUGCUGCUGAUAAUCCCUUUAAUGGGAUGACUUCUUCCUCUCCUGAGCCAAGUACAUCCAUUGUCAUUGAUGGCUGUGGUCCAUCUGUUCACAUUACUAAGGAUUCCACAUCACCCAGUGAAAGGGACGCCCUAGUAGUUGGUGGGCAGACACUUCCAGUUACUGAACACAGUGGGAUAAACGUAGCAUCUGAGAAGCUAAAACCAAAUGGCCAUUCUCUAGACGGAUUGCAAGAGGAACACUGUGACAAUCUGAAAGGGCCAGUGAGUCCAAGCUCUUCCACAAGUUCAAGGUCUUCCAAGGAUGGAGAAACAACGUUAAUGACCAUUAAGAAAGAAGCUAAAUUUGAGCUUAGAGCAUUUCAUGAAGAGAAAAAGCCAUCCAAACUGUUUGAGGAGGAGGACGCGAAAGAGAAGCACAGAGUGCGCAAAGUGAGGCCCUCUGAGGAAAUGAUGGAGCUGGAAAAAGAGAGGCGGGAGCUCAUCAAAAGCCAAGCUGUCAAGAAAAACCCUGGCAUAGCAGCCAAGUGGUGGAACCCACCCCAGGAGAAAACACUUGAGGAACAGCUAGAUGAUGAACAUCUGGAAUCUCACAAGAAGUAUAAAGAGCGCAAAGAAAAGCAGCAGCCACAGCCGCCACUGUCAAUGGCUACGAAGCAUGUUUCAUAUUCCUCUGUUCCACCAGAUGCAAGCAGCAUAAAAAAGAAUGAUAUUGUCACAGAGCAAAUAGAUUUCUCAGCUGCACGGAAACAGUUUCAGUUAAUGGAAAAUUCAGGUCAGCCUAACAGCACAGCUGCGCCCAAGAGAUCAGGGACCCCCAAAAUGUUCACUAUCCAACCUUUCUACAAACCAAUAGGCCCGUCCCAAAUAGACCGGCGAACGCAUCCUGUUACAAAGCCGAUGUCUCUGUGCGGUCAAACAGUACAGGCUGGCAAUAAUGAUGUAACUAUUGUAAAAGCGGAGAGAGUCUCUUGCAUCAUAGAUGAUAGCAGCAUAGGAAUUCAGAAUAGCUCUGCUGACCUAAUGAGAACAUCCCCUUCCACAAAGCCUAGCCAGGCAGCUAAAGUAUGGACGGAUGAUACCGAAUCCAUGAGUGCGAAGGCAGUAUUCACAGUGGUGAAGGAUGAAGAUCACAGCCUACUAGACCAGUUCUCCAGGUCUGCCAAUGUGUCUUUCCCACCAGAGGAGCUGGACUCUGGUCUGGAUGAGUUGUCGGUGAGAUCUCAGGAUACAACCGUUUUGGAAACGCUUUCCAAUGACUUCAGCAUGGACAACAUAAGCGACAGCGGUGCCUCCAAUGAGACAAUGAAUGCCCUUCAAGAAAACUCCCUCACAGAUUUCUCCUUGCCCCAGACUCCUCAAGCUAACACACCUUCUGAGUGUCAAGGGGAGGGCGUCUCCAAGUCACUGAGUGACCAUGGUUUUUAUUCUCCUUCUUCCCCGUCACUCGACUCCAUGCUCAUUGAUGAGCAGUUGGAAUACCAGGCCGGUCUGCUGGUUCAAAAUGCCAUUCAGCAAGCCAUAGCCGAGCAGGCUGACAAAAUAGGCUCCAAGCAAGCCAAGGACACCACAGAGCAAAGAAACCACCAGGUUGAGGGGUGGGAAGCAGCAGACAACACAUCAUGUUCUGUGAAGCCGCACAAUCCAACUUUUCAGCCGCCUCAGGUGUCCUCUCCCAUGCAAGAAAAAAGGGAUACAGCACCAAAGGCUUCAGCAGCUCAAGACUCAGUACUCAGGGAAAGGCAAGUUCCACCACCGUCGCUUGCUGCUCAGGCUCCCCAGCCCGUCACUGUUGAGGAAACCAAGCCAGAAGUCAGCUAUUUCAGCAAGUAUUCAGAGGCAGCCGAGCUACGGAGCACGGCUUCCAUCCUGGCUCAGCAAGAGGCUGAGGUGACCGUAGGGCCUUUCAAACUGAGGUCAAAAAAGCAGAGGACUUUGUCGAUGAUCGAAGAAGAGAUCCGAGCAGCACAGCAAAGAGAAGAGGAACUCAAAAGACAGAGGCAAGGGAUGCCAGCGACGCAGAGUCCCUUUGCGAAGGGAACACCUGCAUCAGCCACCAGAAUUGUGUCUUACAAAACUGCACCAGGCAAAAUAGAGAAGAUCAAGCCACCUCCAUCCCCAACCUCAGAAGGUCCGUCGUCACAUCCUGACUUGGCAUCAGACGAAGCUGGAGGCUCCCAGAAGCCCAAGAACCUGAUGCAGACUCUCCUGGAAGAUUAUGAAACUCACAAAACCAAGAGGCGGGAGAAGAUAGAUGAGAGCAGUUAUACCUGUAAAUUACUGUCUAACAAGGUUACUUCUGAGGUUCUUGAAGCUACCAGGGUCAACCGCAGGAAGAGUGCCCUAGCCCUGCGCUGGGAGGCUGGCAUUUAUGCUAACCGGGAAGAAAACGAGUAGUUUUCUUGGCAAAUAUAAUGCAAGCGCUUUUUUUAUCACUAUCCUUAUUAUUAUUGCAGAGACCAAGAAACCAAAUAGAAGAACAAAGUUUUAAUUUUUUUUUAAAAAAAAGCUACAUCAUUUUAAUCUGAUAUUUACUGCAAACGCACCAGUCUCUGCAAUCCAUGUUCAA